AUGAAUGGCUGGGUGUACGCAGAGCCCAGUCCUGGAGGAAAGGCCCCUCCCAGAAAGCUGCAUUACUGUGACAGGGCCAUGCUGCCGAGUGGUGGCGGGGGGUGGCUCGAGAAUGUGUUUCAUGGAGCAUCUCACUGGCCUCUGGCAUCCUCCUCGGCCAGGACCCAUCCUGCCUCCUCCCUCCCCCAGCGCCGGGAGCAUUGCCUCCCCCCCCAGCGGCUGCCACUUUCCGGCGUUCGCUUCCACCCAGCAAACAUUAGACACCUAGUGUGUACCACGGAGGGAAGGGAGGGAUCACAAAGCCUUGGUUUCUGCUGGGCCGGACGCCCCGGGCCCAGAGCAGCGUCACCGGACGGUGGGAGCCAGGAGGGCUGCACUGGGGCGCGGAGGGAGCCCCGAGCCCGGGGAGGGCGCCGCAGGGGGGCUGGGCCUCCCGGGCAAAGGCACGGAGGCGAGAGACGGACCAGAGCGCCGGUCCGGCCGGAAGGUAAGGACGGCCGGGCGGAGGAGCCCCCACCCCCCACCCCCGCUCCCGGCGGGCCUGGCGGCGGCCCCGGCACCGCGCCCGCCGCGGAGGCCAGGCCCGGUGGACGGCUCACCGUGUGCGAGUGCAGGCUCUGGCUCGCCUCGAUCCCCGCGCUCAGCGGCGCCGUGUCGUCCAGCAGCACCUUGCCGGCCGGCGGCUUCUCCAUGAACGCCAUCGCCGCCUGCCCUCCUCCUCCUCCUCCUCCUCCUCCUCCUCCGCGGGCCGGCGGCUGCCAGAGCCUCCGCCCGCCCCGGCCCGCCCCGAGCCCGGCCCGGCCCAGCUCAGCCCGGCCGGCCCCCGACAGCCCGCAGGGCCCUAGCGCCGCCCGACCCCUGCACGGAGAGGGAAGGACGGAAGGAGAGAGGCCCAGCCUCCUGCCUAGGGAGGGAGGGAAGGAGAGAGGCCCCGCCCACUGCCCGGGGAGGGAGGAAAGAGGGAGGCCCCACCCCUAUCCUGAGGAAGGCGGGAAAGAGGGAGGCCCCGCCCCCUGCCCAGGGAAGAAGAGAGGGAAGGAGAGGCCCCGCCUCCUGACUGGGGAGGGAGGGAGGGAAGGAGGGAAGGAGAGAGGCCCCGCCCCCUGCCCAGGGAAGGAGAGAGGGAAGGAGAGAGGCCCCGCCUCCUGA